AUGACCGGGAACUCAGAUCGCUACCACGACCAGGACCGGGACCCCAACCGCGACCAGGACUGGGACCAAGACCAGGACUGUGCGGGACCUCCACACGGGCAGCUGGGCCACGGGGUGCUGGAGCCGGAGCGGGAGCCGCGGCUGGUGGAGGCGCUGGCCGGGGUGCCCAUGCGGGAGCUGGCGGCGGGCGGAUGGCAUUCGGCCAGCGUCAGCGAGAGCGGAGACCUCUACGUGUGGGGCUGGAACGAGAGCGGGCAGCUGGCAYUGCCCUGCAAGGCGCUGGCGGAGGAGCGGGCGCAGGAUGAGGCCGACGGUGCAGGCGCCGCUGAGCCGCCGGAGCCGCCGGACGUCGACGGCACCCAGUUCAUCUCCAUCCAGGCGUUCCCGGCCCUGCUGGAUUUCCCRCAGGAGCGGGAGGUCAGCAAGGUCGGCUGUGGCUCCCGGCACACGGCCGCCGUCACCCGAGACGGUGAACUCUACACCUGGGGCUGGGGUAAAUACGGACAGCUGGGCCACGAGGACACGGGCAGCUGGGACCAGCCGCGGCGCGUGGAGGCGCUGGCAGCGCAGGGGCUGCGUGUGGAGGACGUGGUGUGCGGGCCCUGGACCACCUACGUGUGCGUGCGGGAGCCCUGAGGCCACCCCGGCCCCUGCCCCCCACGGGACAGGAGCAACAGGGCCCUGCACGGAGCAGGCGCUGGAGCCGCGGGGAUGCACAGCUGGAAGACACAGAAGAAAGGACUGAAUCUCUUUAUUAAUUACAAGGUCCUCUUUUCACAACACAGCUAUGGCAAUGCUUGGGGGCAGAGGGCUGGGCCCGUCUGCAGCAACAGUGCCRGACAGCAGCCAGGGUUAACCCUCCCUGCCCAGGGCUGCAGCUAUAUACACAUAUAGGCAUUAUUCCCAUAAACAACAUUUACAUGUACAGAGCAAGGGGACAGAACUUG